AUGGCAAAGUUGCUACUGACGAGCGGGCAAGUUCAAGUCUUGCUCUCGUCAGCCUUUGUGGCAGCAAUCACCUUCUUCCUGUUCCUCGCCGGCUACACAAUCCAGCAACGGUCAAUCGCUGACCUUAAAUCGCAACUUAAACCGCGCAUUCCCGUCGCUCCUCACUCAAUAUCCGCACAACAACCUUUAUCAGGACCUCGACACCCUUCCCGCCUCUUCAACCCCGAGCAAAAUGCCAUCGUCUCCGAGCACACAGACUCCCAACAACAACCAGAAGUAGAUUGGCAAAAGCUUGCACACGUCCAGAUAGUCACCACACACCAUGACGUAUGCAGUACAAUCAUGUUCUUCGGCGAUCUCGCCCGCCUCAAGUCACCAGCCCGCCGUAUCCUGCUCUUUCCUCAGGCUUGGGCAAUGGAGAAGCAAGCUGCCAAACAUGACUUAAUCGAUCCUUAUAUGGAUAUCACUCGACGUUUGCUGCGCCGCGCUGCUCGUCGCUACAAUGUCGAACUACGAACAGUUGCUGCGAUUGCCAGCAAGGAAGAUAUUGGGUUGGCUAGUCUUUGGGCGUUGACGGAUCUAGAGAGAGUGAUGCUUCUGCGGACUCCGGGACUGGUCCAAGAUGCUGAGGCGCUGGAUGCCAUGUUGGCAUAUACAAAGUCUGCGCCUAUGACUUUGUUGCAGCAACAGGCCUCCGGUCUCGCACCAGAAGACUUGAUUCUCGCAACCUCAGCAAAGGAAACCCAUCGCGUUCUUACCACCAACGCCUUGCAAAAUAUCACGUCCAUAUCCUCAGCGCUACACCCCGCUUACCUCUCCUCCUCCAACAUCAUCGCCAGUAUCGGAGCUCUGCAUGAAGCCUCUCAGCCGAACAAAACUGCAUUUCUCGAGACUCCAUAUAUCCGCUUCGACGAUCCUAAGCUUCCAGGUCCGGAGUGGGAGGUGGAAUACUCGAGGGUUGUGCAGGCUCGUCCGGAAGACAAGGAUGCGGAUUGGUUGUGGACGAAGAUGUAUGGUGAGUUUGCGGGUAGGAGGUAUGAUGUUUGUGGGUUGGGGCUGGAAGUGUGGAGGGAGUGA